GCAUUCAGUACGUAUUCGAGAUCCGUUAAGUCGGUCAGUUAAGUGGGAAUACUAAAAAUGAAGUUCGCUGUUGUCCUGUGCCUGCUAUUGGCCACCAGUGGCUUUGCCCUGGUCCCCAAGCAUCCCGCCGAUCUAGUCUCCAUGUUGGCCCGCCAACAGUUCGCCGUUCGAACUUUAAUGGCCGCUCCCGAGGCACGGGAUGAUUCGACCCUGAUCAAUGACUGCUUCAACCACUACCUGGAGGACCAGACCAACGUGAUCAUGGGUUACAACCUACAGUACACCGGAUGUCUGAGAACAGCACAAAGUGGUCGGGAUGAGCUCACUAAGGAGAGCGCCUCGGAGCGCGAAGCCCUUCUGGAUCGCACCAACAAAAUGUGUUCCAGUCUGACUGAGUGCGAUACCCUUGUUGAUGGCCUGGAAUUCUUCGACUGCUACCGCAAUGCCUCCUCCGACAGCUACAAGGUUAUGUUCACCCUGAACAGUGACUCCAGCCUGGACUUCAACCGCAUCAGUGCCAAGUACCAAGUGAUCGAGACCGAUCUUACUGACUGUGUGGAUUCAGCUCGCUUGGAUUACGCCCACGACAUGGACGCCUGCGACGAGAAUCUGACGUUGUGCUUAAAGGGAGGCGAGACUUCCCCCGAACCGACUGUUCCCACUACGACCUCUGGGACGCCAGUCACGGUCACUACUCCUGAGGCUCCAGUGUCCACUACUCCUGAGGCUCCAGUGACCACUACUCCUGUAGCUCCAUCCACUACUGAAACUCCAGUGCCCACUACUCCUGUAGCUCCAUCGACUACUGAGGCUCCAGUGUCCACUACUCCUGAGGCUCCAGUGUCCACUACUCCUGUAGCUCCAUCGACUACUGAAGCUCCAGUGCCCACUACACCUGUAGCUCCAUCGACUACUGAAGCUCCAGUGCCCACUACACCUGUAGCUCCAUCGACUACUGAAGCUCCAGUGCCCACUACACCUGUAGCUCCAUCGACUACUGAAGCUCCAGUGCCCACUACACCUGUAGCUCCAUCGACUACUGAAGCUCCAGUGCCCACUACACCUGUAGCUCCAUCGACUACUGAAGCUCCAGUGCCCACUACACCUGUAGCUCCAUCGACUACUGAAGCUCCAGUGCCCACUACACCUGUAGCUCCAUCGACUACUGAAGCUCCAGUGCCCACUACACCUGUAGCUCCAUCGACUACUGAAGCUCCAGUGCCCACUACACCUGUAGCUCCAUCGACUACUGAAGCUCCAGUGCCCACUACACCUGUAGCUCCAUCGACUACUGAAGCUCCAGUGCCCACUACUCCUGUAGCUUCAUCGACUACUGAAGCUCCAGUGUCAACUACUCCUGUAGCUCCAUCGACUACUGAAGCUCCAGUGUCCAGUACUCCAGAAAGCACUACCGAAGCCGCUUCCACUACCGAGCGUUCCCCUGAGGAAGAUAUCGACAGAUCUGGGCGUCUCGGUCAGAGGAGAACUUGGAACCUGUUUAAGCGCUUCUUCUAAGCGUGAGAAACUUUGUAUUAUUUAUUGCAUUCAAUGAGAAAAUUUAGCUACGUAUAAAGCGUAGAAUACUUUUGGGUUUGAUUUCAAAUUGUUUUCAUAGAGGGACGCGUGCAGGAUUUCUGCGGAAGGGGUUCCAAAAAUAUCAACAAAUUGCUGUAUUAGUAGAUUAAAACUUUUGUUAAAUAUAUAGAAACUGUAUGCACACUUUUUGUUUUGAAUUCCAAAUAUAUUCAAUCAAGUCGGUUGACUAGUGGAUUAACCCUCUUGAGUACGACGCUGGGAGUAAU